GUUUGUGUUUGCUACUUGUCAUUUAUCAACUUGUCAACUUGUGUGCCUUCUGAACUUACUGUGUAUCAAUUAGAUAUUAAUAUCUUUAUUUUAAGUUUAUUGAAAAAUUUAGAAUUCAUGGCUAUAUAACUCACAUUAGUGCAAGUUUAUAGACAGUUCUACAAAUAGUGCUAAUUUUAUAUUAGAAGAUAAAGUAACACUUUACAUAAUGUAUGCAAUAGAGAAAAAGUUUGAAAUAGAAAUGAAGUUGAAAAAAGAAAUGACGAAUAUACAAGAGUUAAAAGCGGCUGCUAAUCGCAGUUCGUCGAUAGCGAAUGAUGUCUGCAACGUGUUGGGUGCUUGUGAACAGAGGCUGCAGCAGUUGGAGACAGCUGUGCUUCCACUGUAUGGAGAUACAGCUAGGUUACAGCAAAUCCACCACAAUAUGGAGCGGACUGUCAAGUCUUUAGACCAUGUCAUCAACUAUUACAUGGUGUCUAGGGAACUAGCUGAUCUGAUACAAGCUGGUCCUCAAUGUGCUUCUACUGAGUCAUUGAAUGUUUAUAUUGAUGCCCUUGAUAAAUUAGCUGAAGCUCAGAGUUAUUUUAAUAAAAAUAACCCUCAAAGUGUUGAACUAGAAAAUAUUAAUCAACUGUAUAAUGCUGGGGUGCUUAAACUAGAAGCGGCAUUUGAGGAGCUUCUUAGUAGAAAUACAAGACCUUUGUCUCCUACCACUCUUAUGGAUAUGAUUGCAUUAGAAGAAGAUUCGAGCGUGGACAGCAUCAGCGUGAGCGGCAGCAACUCGACGUCGGGCGGCGCGGUGGAGACGAUGCGCGCGGCGGCGGACUGGCUGAGCCGCGCGGGGCGGCCGCCCGCCGCGCCGCUGCUGGCCAUCCGCGGGCCCGCCGCGCGCGCCUCGCUGCUCGCCUUCAAGGACUACCUGCGCUCGCGCUCCAUGGCCGCCUCGCCCUUGCUGAGGGCCAAAAAUAUGCUUCACCGCGCCGAUAGUACCACAAGGAGAACAAGUAAAAUUCAAAAAGUAUUAGAGAAACGUGCUAUUAAUAUAAUGAUGAAAGCAUCCCAGACUCUGGAACAGUCAACGGGACUUGCAAUAGGACCGCGACGGUCAAUCAAUGACUCGUAUAUGGAAGAAUGCAGCGAAGCCCUGGAUGAGAGAGAAGCAGAGGCAGCCGGUACUCUAGCGGCGGCGGUUUGCCGCUUAGCGCGGCGCGAGCAACGCCACAUCAUCGGAUUAGUGCCACUAGCUCGCCUCCCGGCAUUGCUCGCUGCUGUUCUUAAAGACUGCCUCGCUUUGUUGGCAACGGAAGUGGAGCGCGCGUGUACCCGCAGCCGCAAGUCGGCGUCGCGCUGCUCCAGCGGCGCCGCCGCCUGCUGGGCGCUGCUCGCCCGCCUGCAGCGCCUGCAGCCCGACCUGCAGCGCGCGCUGCACCCCGCCUCGCCCGCCGCCUACACCGCGCUGCUGCACACCUGCCAGCACCACUGCGUGCGCUCGCUGGAGGAGUGGGUGGAGGGCGUGCGCGGGGACGGCGCGGGCGGCGCGGUGGACGGCACCGUGCACCAGCUGCCCGUGGCCGCGCUCGCCUACUGCCACGCGCUCGCCGCGCACCUGCACGUUAUCGGUCCGGCUCUGAGCGCCGAGCCGGCGUACGCCCGCGCGGCGGCCGCGUGCGGCAACACCGCGGGGGAUAAGAACGCGCUCAUGCUCUCCAUUUACAUGCGUAAGGUGCUGGCGCAGUUAAACUUGUCUCUACGCAACAAGAGCGAGCAGUACCCAGACGCGUUGAAGGCUAUAUUCCUGCUGAACAAUACCUUGUAUUUAUUACAGGGCUUGCAGCGCAGCGGGCUGCUGGACGUGCUGGCGCUGUCGGAGCCCGACUGCGAGGCGUCCUACCGCAACAUGAUACACGAGUACAAGACGGCGUACCUCAACAGUUGGAACAAGUUACUAUCGUACAUUACGCUGGACGAGCCCCUUCCUGCGAAGUUGAGAGACAAGGACCGACAGAUGUUGAAGGAUAAAUACUCCGCGUUCAACCGCGAGUGGGAGGAGAGUGCGCGUGCGCAGCGCGGCUACAGCGUGCCGGACGGCGAGCUGCGCGAGGCGCUGCAGCGCGACAACAAGCAGGCGCUGCUGCCGCGCUACUCCGCCUUCCACGCGGCCACCGCGCACCUGCCCUUCUCCAAGAACCUCGACAAGUACGUCAAGUACACGCCCGUGCAGAUCGCCACGCAACUUGACGGUUACUUCGACGAAGCUGCUUAAAAUAUAUUUAUUAUAUGCUAUUUCUUAUUGAAAUAUAUGUUAUUCAAUAAACAAUUAUUUAUCGAUGAAUAAAAUAUUUAAAUAUAUACAUAAUUGUGUUCGUCAAUCUCAGCUAUCGAAUUUUCACUCU